UCCUGUCGGUCCUGCCCCCUGCAAUGAAAUCGAAACCUUUCUGAACAAUAAAAGCGCAACUUGCUCUUAUCUUCUUUUUUCUUUACUCCUGACUCUGCAGCAAACCUCAACUCUGCAAUUCAACCGCGAACCAUGGCUCUUAACCAGACACUGUUUGACAAUCCGGUAAUUCCCUUCACAGGAGCAAUCCAAGGUGGUGUGCAGGAGGGGAAGAUGAUCGCCAUCUGUGGACGAGUCCCGCCUGGAGUCAAAAGGUUCAAUGUGAAUUUACAGUGUGGCUCCAGGACCAAUGCAGACAUUGCUUUCCAUUUUAACCCCCGAUAUGACGGUGUCUCUUGUGUGGUCGCCAACACCCUGCAAAGCGGCAAAUGGGGCAGCGAGGAGAGGAAGAGCAACUCCUUACUUCUUCCUGGCUCCAUCUUCAAACUGCUCAUCACAGUCACCCGUGAUUCCUUCCUGGUGAAUAUCAACGGCAGUCACUUCAUGGACUACAGGCAUCGUAUUCCCUUUAACCAAGUGGACACCAUCUCUGUCGGCGGGACUGUUGAAAUUUACUCCAUUGCUUGUCAGAACAAUAUGCCUGUCUUCCCAACUUCUCCAGCAUAUCUUCCUCUUCUUGGAUUUCCACCACAGCCAGGAUUUUCCACUUGGACGUUUGCUGUUCCAUACAGAACCUCCAUCAACGGUGGAUUCACACCGGAGAAGACCAUCACUAUCCAGGGAAAUAUUCAGCCCCACGCCACAAGGUCUGACUCUCUAAUGAGCUGCUGCUGGAGAAACCGCAACUUGCUCUUAUCUUCUUUUUUCUUUACUCCUGACUCUGCAGCAAAACUCAACUCUGCAAUUCAACCUCGAACCAUGGCUUUUAACCAGACACUGUUUUAUAAUCCGGUAAUUCCCUUCACAGGAGCAAUCCAAGGUGGUGUGCAGGAGGGGAAGAUGAUCGCCAUCUGUGGACGAGUCCUGCCUGGAGUCAAAAGGUUCCAUGUGAAUUUACAGUGUGGCUCCAGGACCAAUGCAGACAUUGCUUUCCAUUUUAACCCCCGAUAUGACGGUGUCUCUUGUGUGGUCGCCAACACCCUGCAACACGGCAACUGGGGCAGCGAGGAGAGGAAGAAGAACUCCUUACUUCUUCCUGGCUCCGUCUUCAACCUGCUCAUCACAGUCACCCGUGAUUCCUUCCUGGUGAAUAUCAACGGCAGUCACUUCAUGGACUACAGGCAUCGUAUUCCCUUUAACCAAGUGGACACCAUCUCUGUCGGCGGGACUGUUGAAAUUUCCUCCAUUGCUUGUCAGAACAAUAUGCCUGUCUUCCCAACUUCUCCAGCAUAUCCUCCUCUUCUUGGAUUUCCACCACAGCCAGGAUUUUCCACUUGGACGUUUGCUGUUCCAUACAGAACCUCCAUCAACGGUGGAUUCACACCUGGGAAGUCCAUCUCUAUCCAGGGAAAUAUUCAGCCCCACGCCACAAGGUUCCAUGUGAAUCUCAACUUCAACGGUGGCAUCGCUCUGCACUACAAUCCACGUUUCAAUGAGCACGUGGUGGUGAGGAACACUAAGCAGGGGCCGCACUGGGGCAGCGAGGAGCGUGAUGGAGGCAUGCCCUUCCACCAGGGGCAGCCUUUCACGUUGACCAUUUGCUGUGAGAAUAGCUGCUUCAGGAUUCUGGUCAAUGGGAUACAGGCACACACCUACAACCACCGCAUCACUCCGGUCAGAAACAUUCACUCCCUGGAGAUCGACGGUGACCUCACCCUGACCUCUGUGACGGUGUAGAGAUCCGUAACCACCCAAUACUUUUCACAUCUAUCAAUGAAUCCAUGCUGAUUGAUUUGACUGGAUGCUGCAUAUUUUAUGUCCUGUUCUUUCAUAUAAUAAUUUCUAUAUAAUCAUAUGCCAUACUUUGUUUUUCUACAAAAAAUGUUUGUGCUGUGCUUUUUGUUGUUUUAUUACUUUAUUGUGCAGCUAAGGAAGUGGACUUGAGACUGAGAUUUUAAUCAUAUUAGAGUGCGCUGUGUAAUCAUUAAUGCUUUGUGAAACCUUUAAAUAAAAAAAAUGUCUCUAUAAAUGUGUUAAGUUUCUUAAAAAAAACAGGUUUGGACUCUUUAAUAACUGAUUAUGGAGUGAAAUGAAAUGUGCUUGUGUUCAAAUACUAGAUUAGAAAACAACAAUCAAUUCCAGAAUUACUUUAAUAAAAAAAAAAGCUGUAAUAAAACGAUGUUGGUCACUAUUUCAAGAGAGAUUUAUGUACAAAAAAAUUGAAAAAUAAAAUGUUCAAUUGAAA